AUGUCGAGACCGCAAGUCGAGGCAGCGUCCAAGGCGUUCGGCGACACCCUGUUAGGAGCAGGUUUCGACCUCUUGAAGUCCAAAGCCGGAGAUCAACAUCCAGCAGGACCGCCUCAACAUGGUACAAUGGGACAGGCUGAGAGAGCCUUCUCUGCUGCAUCAACGUUCCUCUCAGGGGUGCUGGCUAUAAGCGCUUCCCAAUUCAUUGGUGCUCCUUUGAAGCUCAUCGAUCCCAAGUUCUACGACGGAUAUAUGGCAUGGACCAAAGAAUCUUUUGCUGUCCUUACCGCGACUAUGACCCAAUGGUGGGCGCCUACUGCUGUCAGAGUUACCGGAGACGAGAGCAUGAAGGAUCAGUUGUACCAGAUGGAAGAUGGAAGUCUUCGAUGCAACUUUCCUCAUCGACUUGUCAUGAUGGCUAACCACCAGCUUUACACUGACUGGCUAUAUCUCUGGUGGAUCGCAUACACCAACAAGAUGCAUGGUCGCAUCUAUAUCAUAUUGAAGGAGUCUCUAAAGAAUGUUCCCAUCUUCGGCUGGGGCGCUCAGUUCUACAACUUUAUCUUUCUAUCACGAAAAUGGGAAACAGACAAGAGUCGCUUCCAACGUCAUCUGAGCCAACUAAGCAAUCCUAAGGAUCCUAUGUGGUUGCUGAUCUUCCCGGAAGGCACAAACCUGAGCGAGACUACUCGUGCAAAGAGCAAAGCCUGGGCGGAGAAGCAGGGUAUCAACGAUAUGAAGCACCAGCUAUUGCCUCGCAAAACUGGACUGCAAUUUUGUCUACAACGACUGAAGGAAUCGACAAACUGGCUAUACGACUGCACAAUUGCAUAUGAGGGUGUUCCAGAAGGUCAAUUCGGACAGGACAUUUUCACCCUUCGCUCUUCAUUCUUCGAGGGUCGUCCACCAAAGUCUGUCAACAUGUACUGGAGGCGGUUCAAGAUCAGCGACAUCCCAAUCGACAACGACGAGGCUUUUGAGAGAUGGCUCAAGAACCGCUGGACCGAAAAGGACUACCUCCUCGAGCACUUCUACCGCCAUGGAUCUUUCCCUGCU